CAAGUCCUGUGAAUUCUCAUCACAGGUACCUCAGCAGCCGCCAAGAUGUCGAGCAAGCGUGCCAAAGCCAAGACCACCAAGAAGCGCCCUCAGCGCGCCACCUCCAAUGUCUUUGCUAUGUUCGACCAGUCCCAGAUCCAGGAGUUCAAGGAAGCCUUCAACAUGAUCGACCAGAACCGCGAUGGAUUCAUCGACAAGGAGGAUCUGCAUGACAUGCUGGCCUCCCUAGGGAAGAACCCCACUGACGAGUACCUGGAGGGCAUGAUGAGUGAAGCACCAGGGCCCAUCAACUUCACCAUGUUCCUCACCAUGUUUGGGGAGAAGCUGAAUGGUACCGACCCAGAAGAUGUCAUCCGCAAUGCCUUUGCCUGCUUUGAUGAGGAUGCGACAGGCUUCAUUCACGAGGACCAUCUGCGUGAGCUGCUGACCACCAUGGGAGACAGGUUCACAGAAGAGGAGGUGGAUGAGAUGUACCGGGAGGCUCCCAUCGACAAGAAGGGCAACUUCAACUACGUGGAGUUCACACGCAUCCUGAAGCAUGGGGCCAAGGACAAAGACGAUUAGUGCCUAGAACUGCUACACUGCCUCUGUCUCCUCCUGCACACACCUCCUGUCCCCGUUGCCUCUGUUCCCCUUGCUGCCUAGCCCCACUGCAGGCACACCCCAUGGGAAAUAUCCUCCAGGACUUGACUUUUCUCUGGAUUACACUUCUGUUGGCACAUGAUCCUGCACCCUUUCUAGAGAAAGUGCUCCUAUCACUAUUCCCCUCUCCUAAACAUCCGUACUAAACCUCUCCCAUCUCCUCUCCCACCCAGAGGCUCUCACCUCCCAGCCCCAUAGACACUGUGCAGAGUCUUUGUGCCCCCACUAAGACCCUCCUUGGGAUGUCUUGUGUAUAUCCAGCUCUUGCAAAAUACACUGUCUUUCUGAUGUGUCCACCUGACAGGGGACAAGGUUGGCCUUUUCCUUUGGCCCCUGUCCAGGGAGAACAACCAGCAAAUUGUCCACCAUCUCCUUUGACAAAUUUUGCUUAAAGAUCCUACUUGGAUAAUUUGAUUUCUGAGUCAUUGUGGUGCUGUGCUCCUACCUGCCUUGCUUGUUACCCAUCCCAUGCACGGGAAGCACCUGAGCAUGAGAGCUUCUCCUGUGUGCUGUGUCCCAGGUUGUCCUUGCCUGGAGGACACUGCCACGGGUGCUCCUCACAUGUCCUGGAACCCUUUUCACAGCCUCUGGCUCCAUCACACUGUCCUGCUUUGCAUCUGGAUGGCAUCUUGCAGCAGAGAUGAGCCCAGCGUGCUCAUGGCAUCCACAGCCUCCCCUGCAUGCCGGCCGCUGCGCCAGGACGGCUGGUAUGGGUGUGUGCACAGAAGGGUGGAAGGGCUUUUCCCUCCCAUCUGUGCUGAUCCGCUGACGAUGUGGGGCUGCAUCCCUGCCAUGGCCUCACGGUGGGUGGUUGCAGGGACACACACGCCUGUCGCGGGAGGCGGGACGGGGGGCUGUGCUUGCUGUGCUGCCGUGCCCUGCCUUCUUUGCGCUUCUCAGCACCAGGGCCCCCGGCAGGCGUGGACCCCAGCAAGAGCUCCCUGAAGCCAUUGAGUAGCACGGUAGUCACCCCUCCAGGGCGAGUACGGGGGAGUCUGCCCCCAGGCAGGGAGCUGGUGUGGGAAGGAGCAUCCCAGGUGAGUGCUAGUUUGUUGGAUAGUCCAGUGCAAUCCCAGUCUUGAGGGACACAAUAGAAAGAGGCUCUAGCCUUUCCUCCCACACUCUUCCUUUAUGAAAGGAGAAAAGGGGAAAAAAAAAACCCCACUUUAUUUCCUUUUCCAUGGGUGUGUUAUGGCUGGAGAGCCUAUGAUUUAGGGCAUUCAGAAAGCUGAAGUUGUGUAUAAAGUCUGACGGGUGUGAUAGGACGCCGCGAGCAGC